AUGGGACAGCAGCAAUCGAAGAAUGUGUCCCGGUCGAAUGGGGGAGGAUUGCAGGUCGAAGGCUUACAAGCGUAUCCCUCGAUCUCAAAAUCCGACACCAAGGACUCCAGCCGUUCCAUCCGUGGCUCGAUUCGCUCCAAGAUACCAGGAAGUGGCAGAAGUGAUAAGACGGACAGCCCGAGGGCCUCUAAUGGAACCCUUGCGCGCUCAGACAGUGCUCCUCCCGAAGGGUUAGACGCUGCGUUUGCUCGCUCCUCCAUUUCGCGACAUGCCCGCAACCUCUCUGGCUCUUCUAUGCCAAUUCCACCUAUCAACUCACAGGACGAUUUGCAGGAUGAAGCGCCAAACCCACCACCUUCUCCUCCACAUUCAUCAUCAAUCGGUCGUGGCCACAAGGAUGUCAAGGCCGCACAAAAAUCUGGAGAAGUUGACCACGUGUCUGAUGCUGGUCCGCAACAUGUUGCUCCAACGACCGUUGCUCAAAAGGCCGGCGAGUCCAUCCUGAUCAAGAGAGAGAAUUCUCUCAACCCCGUCUUGAACGAGUCUGGCGCUAGGUCAGUAAUAGACCAGAAUGGGACCAACGGAUCCCCCGGCAUGACUAUUGGAGCGCUCAAGUCCAUCGAUGUUGACGAUAUGAUAACGCGACUCCUUGACGCUGGCUAUUCCACCAAAGUCACGAAAGCAGUGUGUCUCAAAAACGCUGAAAUUAUUGCCGUCUGCACCGCUGCUCGCGAACUUCUCUUGACACAACCAGCUUUACUCGAGCUCUCAGCACCAGUGAAGAUCGUCGGCGAUGUUCAUGGCCAAUACACUGACCUGAUCAGACUUUUCGAAAUGUGCGGGUUCCCUCCAAAUUCUAACUAUCUUUUCCUUGGUGACUACGUCGACAGAGGGAAACAAUCUCUAGAGACUAUCCUUCUCUUACUCUGCUACAAGCUUAAAUACCCCGAGAAUUUCUUCCUACUUCGCGGAAAUCAUGAGUGCGCCAAUGUUACACGAGUUUACGGAUUCUACGAUGAGUGCAAACGUCGAUGCAACAUUAAGAUUUGGAAAACAUUCGUCGAUACGUUCAACUGCCUUCCCAUCGCUGCUAUUGUUGCCGGCAAGAUAUUCUGCGUUCACGGUGGUCUCUCUCCCAGCCUUUCUCACAUGGACGAUAUUCGCGGUAUCGCUCGACCAACUGACGUUCCUGAUUAUGGACUAUUGAAUGAUCUACUAUGGAGCGAUCCAGCAGAAAUGGAAGAGGACUGGGAACCUAACGAACGAGGCGUAAGUUAUUGCUUUGGUAAAAAGGUCAUUAUGGAAUUCUUGCAGAGACAUGACUUCGACCUUGUUUGUCGCGCACAUAUGGUUGUCGAGGAUGGCUAUGAGUUCUUUAACGAUCGCAUCCUUGUCACUGUUUUUUCUGCUCCUAAUUAUUGCGGCGCAUUCGACAAUUGGGGAGCCAUUAUGUCCGUAUCUGAUGAACUCCUCUGCAGUUUCGAGCUGCUCAAGCCUCUCGAUUCAAGUGCUCUGAAGAACCACAUAAAGAAAGGCAGAAAUAAAAGAAACAACGUCCUCAACAGUCCAGUAAGUUCUCAACCUCCAUCGCCGUCGACUAUUAAUCUGUUUCUCACAACGGCAAAUCGUAUCUGCAAUAUAAAUACUAACUCGCUUCCCUCCAGCCUGCUAUGGUUUCUGCGCAGAGUUAUUGAUAGUGAUCUAAGAUACCCUACCUACUAUUCACACCCGCUAGAGGUCUACUCUUAA